GCAGUGACCCCCGUGUGCAGUGACCCCGUGCACUCACGGCCAUGUGCAGUGACCCCCCCGGGUGCAGUGAACCACGGGUGUGCACAGUGACCCCAUGUGCAAUGACUCCCGUGUGCAGUGACCCUGUGUACCGUGACCCCCUCCCCAGGUGCAGUGACCUCCCGUGUGCAAUGACCCCCUGGGUGUAGUGACUCCCCCCCCGUGUGCUGUGACCCCGUGCAACGUGGUCAUGCGGCUCGUCAGGAAGGACAUAGAGAAGGACAGUGCUGGCCAGGUGACCCUGGUCCCCGAGGAGCCCGAGGACAUGUGGCACACGUACAACCUGGUGCAGGUGGGCGACAGCCUGCGCGCCUCCACCAUCCGCAAGGUGCAGACCGAGUCGUCCACGGGCAGCGUGGGCAGCAACCGCGUGCGCACCACGCUCACGCUGUGCGUGCAGGCCGUGGACUUCGACUCGCAGGCAUGCCAGCUGCGGGUCAAGGGCACCAACAUCCAAGAGAACGAGUACGUCAAGAUGGGCGCGUACCACACCAUCGAGCUCGAACCCAACCGCCAGUUCACCCUGGCGAAGAAGCAGUGGGACAGCGUGGUCCUGGAGCGCAUCGAGCAGGCCUGUGACCCGGCCUGGAGCGCCGACGUGGCGGCCGUGGUCAUGCAGGAAGGCCUGGCCCACGUCUGUUUGGUGACACCCAGCAUGACCCUCACCCGCGCCAAGGUGGAGGUCAACAUCCCCAGGAAACGGAGAGGGAACUGCAGCCAGCACGACCGCGCCUUGGAGCGCUUCUACGAGCAAGUGCUCCAGGCCAUCCUGCGCCACAUUAACUUCGACGUGGUCAAGUGCGUCCUGGUGGCCAGCCCGGGGUUCGUGCGGGAGCAGUUCUGUGACUACAUGUUCCAGCAAGCCGUGAAGACUGACAACAAACUUCUGCUGGAAAACCGGUCCAAAUUCCUUCAGGUGCACGCGUCCUCCGGGCACAAGUACUCCCUGAAGGAGGCCCUGUGCGACCCUGCCGUGGCCAGCCGCCUUUCCGACACGAAGGCCGCUGGAGAGGUGAAAGCCUUGGACGACUUCUAUAAAAUGCUGCAGCACGAGCCCGGCCGCGCCGUCUACGGACUCAAGCAGGUGGAGGCGGCCAACGAGGCCAUGGCCAUCGACACGCUGCUGGUCAGCGACGAGCUGUUCCGGCAUCAGGACGUGGCCACGCGCGGCCGCUACGUGAGGCUGGUGGACAGCGUGAAAGACAGCGCGGGCACCGUGCGCAUCUUCUCCAGUCUCCACGUGUCCGGGGAGCAGCUCGGGCAGUUGACGGGAGUAGCUGCCCUUCUCCGCUUCCCGGUGCCGGAGCUCUCGGACCAGGAGGGUGACUCCAGUUCCGAAGAGGAUUGACGCCUGAAACCUGGCACGGAGGCCGCCACCCGUGUCGUACGCCUUCGCUGCUGCCUCUCAGCGUCCUGCGACUGCCGAGAGACGUCUGAUCCCACUGGGAUCUCAUGUACUUGGUCAUUUCUGGUUGGCAGGACAUGUGUUCAAACGAAACAAUAAACUAAAAGGAAAUAAUCUCCAUGUACUAUUUUCAUUACUGAGGAUAAUUUUUUUCCUAAUACUUUGAAACAAUUUUGAGUAUCUAAUAAGAAUGCUUAAUCUAUUAUUUGGAUCAGAUCUUAAACCACACGUUGCAUUUUAAGAGAUUUGUUAAACCAUUCGUUUUUAAUAUAGUCUGGCUGCUUUUUGUUAUAGUGGCA